AUGUCCGCCGCUAAUUCAACCAAAAUAUUUAUUGGAAGCAUCCCCAAGGAUGUUACAGAGGAGGAGUUAAAAACGGAGGCAUCCAAGUAUGGAGUGAUCACCCAAGUGUACUACGUGCCCGCCACGGUACAAAGCCCCAGGGGAUGGGCGUUCAUUACGUACAAGCAGAGGUCCGAAGCAUACAAAGCCAUCGAGGCUCUGGAUUACAAGUGCAUAUUUCCUAACAGCCAACGACCACUAGAUGUUAGAUUCGCUAGCUACAAGAAUAACGCCACGACGGAACCACAACCAGCGCCAAAUAAAAGCAUUUGGCAAAAGCACGUAACGUCAGAUGGGCACACAUAUUAUUACAAUUCUGUAACUGGUCAUUCUCAAUGGGAAAAACCCAAGGAGACAGUUGCUACCCCUUCCCCAGUCAUUCCAGGAAAGACUGGCACCGCCAUGCCGUAUGGUCCUCCUGGUGCCAACGUGUUCGUUUUCCACGUGCCAUCACAUUGGACUGAUAUGGAAUUGUACCAGCACUUCCAACACUUCGGAUACGUACUGAGCGCUCGAAUUCAAAGGGACUCGAAUGGAAGAAACAAGGGCUACGGGUUUGUGAGUUUUAACAACCCGGAGUCAGCUCUGAAUGCAAUCAAAGGCAUGCAUGGAUUUUACGUCUCGGGCAAGCACCUAAAAGUGCAAUUAAAAAAGGGAGAGGAACAUUAUAUGCAAUUAAAUGCCCCAACACAGCCACAACUAACUCCCGCACAACCCUACACAGUGCAACAACCCAUCAUGGGGACCCCCCAACAGCCUUACAUGGCCCAUAUGAUUUACGGAAGUAUGGAUUCGACCAACCAGAUGCGCUACAAUAACUCGUAUUCUUUGAGUAGAUAA